GGGCGGGGUGAGGGUGGCAGAGGACAACAGCAGCUGAUCCACACCACAACAAACACAGCUGAUAGGGGGACAUUGGGGGACAAGGGGGCACUGAGAGGACACGGGGACUUUGGGGGACACGGGGACUUACUGGGAGGACACUGAAGGACACGGGACCACACUGAGGGACACGGGACCACACUGAGGGACACUGAGGGAAACGGAGACACUGCAUGGGGGACACAGGGACAUUGAAGGACACGGGGGCACUGAGGGACAUGGAGACACUGAAGGACACGGGGACACUGAGAGACAAACAGCAGCUGAAAUGGAUGUUGAAUAAAUGUCAAGUUUUUGUAUAUAACACCACUAAUUAAGGUCACGGAAAACUUUGAUGGGUGGCGUUACAAUGGCCCUCCGUCAGUACAUUUUGGGUCCAGGCGUUUUCAUAGUCCCCUCAUGAAAGAAAAGUACAGCCAAGGGAGGAGGAGUUGGAGUGGGAGGAUGUGCGAGAUUUACCAAUGGAAAGGCCGUCAUUGUUGAGGCCAGGGGUGGUCAGCCUUCCCCACUCUCCUUGUAUUUCUAAAGGUGACCCGGGAAGGAUGGAGGUGACGGACGUGAGCCAGCUGAUGUCCCUGUUUGGGGCGGGCACAGUGUCCAUCAUUUGUGACCCCACACAGCUGGAAGGAGCAUCCGGGGACAUCAGUGAGAGUGUGCUGGCGUCAGAGGCAGCCAGCAACCGUACAAGUAUUCUUAACCAGAGUCACAGUGCAGCAUUGGUCAUCAGGGAAGAUGGUGGGAAGGAACGAACCACUACCAUUAGGUCGCCCUGCUCUGCCGAGGAUGGUAUGGAAAGAGAGGAGUUCAGUGCGAGUCUGAGUCAUGCAGGGAAGGAAGGGAAGCACGUUGAGUAUGAGUCUGACAAGUCGCCUCAGCUCCAGUUGUCCACCGAGCACUACUUCAUCCAGACCACUGAUGGCAAGCUCAUCCAGGUCCUGGGAACGCUGGAACAGGAUGCGGGAGGAGGUGGCUUGCCUGAGAUGUCCCUGGUGGAGGGUGUCAUGGAAGCCUCAGCGGCAGGGCACAUGGAGGGUAGCAGUGACGGCGUACAGAUCCUGGUGGUGGGCGGUGGCAGUGAAGACGUGUACCUCAUCAGCACGCCGGACAAGGACGCAGAAACUUGUGAGCUGCAGAGCUCUCUUCCACUAGGAGUCAAGAAUAGCUCCUUGCUGGAAGACUCUGAAGAUGGUUGUAUCCUCCAGCCUGGCAGCACAAUGAUUUCAACUCUGGCAGCGAGAGGAAGCCAGGAGCGCCCUCUUGUCAAGGAUGACCUACUGCAGGCGUCGCUACUCAUUGAAGGCCCCAACAUUGCCUCCAGACAGCAGUGUAAAGGCUCUCUUAUCAAAGCUGAAGGAAACAGCUUACUGCAAGAUUCGCUCCUCAUUGAAGGCCCCAAGUUUGACUCCCGACAGCAAUGUGAAGCCUCUAUUAUCAAGGGUGAAGGGGACAACUUGCUGCAUGAGUCACUCCUCAUUGAAGGCCCCCAGUGUAAAGGCUCUCUUAUCAAGGGUGAAGGGGACAGCUUACUCCAAGAUUCACUCCCUGUUGGAGGCCACAAGUUUGACUCCCGGCAGCAGUCCUGUAAAGGCUCAGAUGACUUCUCUAGCUUCCCUGAAGAGCCACAGUUGUGCAGCAGAGAUUUGCUAACUAGUUUACCCUUCCUAAAGAGUUGCCAUCAGAAGACCCCGAAGGAUAAACAAAUAUUUCCCCUAAAAAUCGCCUCCAAGUCUCCCAGCGAAGAAUUCUUAGUGAAAACGGACCGCGGCGACAUGGUGGCCUGCAACCUGUCGUCCCUGCCGCAGCUCAGAGAGACGGGCGGGCAAGCAACCAGACUCCAGAACGUCGCCUCCAUGUUUGGGCCGGCGUUAAAGGUGCUGAGACCGGUCGAGGCCAACAGAGACCUGACCACAAAAACCAUCAGUAAUCAGUUUUCCACGUUCAGUUGCAGCGAGUGUAGCGCCGUGCUGCACUCAGAACACUCACUCCAGAACCACCAGCGCAAGUACCACAAGGCCUGGGAGGAGGAGUGCGUCGUGUGCGGUAGAAAGUUCCUCAACGACCGGUGUGUUCGUGCCCACAUGCAGGAGGCUCACAGUGACCAGGACUCCUUCCAAUGUCGUCUGUGCUCCUUCAAGUGCGAGUGUGUGAAGGAUUUCCUCCGACACUACAAGUUCCACAGGCAGUCCAGGGUGUGUGGUCAAUGCGGAAGGAAGUACAUCACUCUUAAGCUUUACGAGGAACAUGUCAAGCGAUGUCGGGGUAAGAGGAAGUCCCAGGCACCCAGACGUGACAGUGACCUAACUUCCACCCCUCACAGCAUCCCUGAAGAGGAGCAAACUCAAGGGGGUCAAGACAGGAACUGCAUAAGAACGGAACAGAGAAAUAAAGACAGGGAUGAUACGAAGCCUGAUGGUAGCACGAAUGAUUCCUCAGAUGCGUCACAUGCCAGGAGAAAGCUUGCCAAGACCUCCACUGACAACAGGCUGGUGAGGAGGGAUGAUGAGUUUAGAUUUGAGUCCAAGUACUACAACAAGCAGGCCAAGAAGCUGGCACAGGAGCAGGUGAGUGUGCCUGCUCAGCGCUCAGGCCGGGGUGGGAGGGAGAGGACACACCGCUGUUACCUCUGCUUCAAGUUAUUCCCAACUGCAAAAGCUCUUGAGACCCACAAAGAAAACUAUCACCUAGCGAAAUCUGAGCGGCCAGUCAGGGUGAAGACUUACGCUGGGUUGGAGGAGAGCGAGGAGCCUGGGAACAGCAGCGCCCAGGAGCCCCGCCUGCCCUGUGAGGCAUUAGAGGAGGUCAUGGUGAAGGAGGAACCUGCAGAACUCUCGGAGGAUUUUGACAACAUCACCAUAAUUAUAGACGAGUCCGUGAAGCCUCAUGUUCUGAAGCCGCUAUGCAUCGCCUGCAGAGCCCACACAAGUGAUGAUUUCAGGAAGCAUUCAAAGUGGUUCAGCCAAGUUCCGGAUGAUUUCCAGUCUGACCUUUUGAAAAAGUUCCAGCAGUUUCUCCCAUGCACCUUCGACCCUGCCUCCCUGGUGGAGCCCUGGGUGCUGUGCAAGAAGUGUGCAGUUCUCAUUGACAAGAUUGCCGACAUGGAGGAGAAGCUGAAUUCCAUGAAGAGUGACCUGCUAUCAAGGGUCAGAGGAAGCAGUGAAGCAAGCAGUGACACCCUCCAAAAGGACUUGUCUUCAGAAAGCAACACAGGGGAAGGCAGCCACACAGGAUUCCUCGGCAGCCUGACGGAGGGAAACGUUGAAGGCCUCGGGAAGAGUUUGUCCGAUAUAGAAGCUUACAUGAAAGACACCUGUGAAAUAAUGGAGAUAACAAAGCCACAUAAGAGACCCGGGAGGCCGAGGAAGAGGGUGGAGGAGAAGCUGACGCCUGUUCUGGUGGAGGGCAGGGAGGAGGGAGAGUCCACGUCUGGCAUUGCUGGAGUCAUUGCUCAGAGCCUAGUGAACAAUGAACAGGAAAACAGACAGGUGACUUUGGGUCCAGCAAAUAACUCGGAUACGAAAAAUGAAGAAGAGAAGUCGCCCUCGAAAGCUGGAGUCCAGUCUGAUAUUACCUUUGACAAUGUGAAGUUUAAGGAAGAGCCCAUGCAGUAUGAGCUGGACAGUGACGGCAGCAACUCAGGCUCCUGGGAUGUGAUAUUAGGUAACCAGGAUAGCCAGUUUGAUAGUGCCGGCAUUGAACCUGAGAAGAGAGGUCAGCUGGACUCUCAGUCAUUUUCACCGGAGACCAUCCUGAACAGCCUUGAAGGAGCUGCUCAAACAGAGUCACAAACUGAAAUUCUUGAGGCAAAAAAGACAACAGACUUUCUUGGUUCUCAAAAGUCUAAACCUCAAAGCUAUUGUGAAACAUUCUCCCUUGAAAAUAUACCAAUCUCCAUCAGUACAAAGUCUCAGGAUGUGGAUGCAGCGGAUGAUGAAGGCUGUGACACACCGGAAACCCUUGCCUCCAGAGAUUCUCUUGAAGGGGAUAGUGCCUUGCAGCGGGACGUGACAGACCAUGCUGGUGAGGCACAGGAGGCCACUGCCAGCACCGAGGAGCAUCCAGGGAAAAGACCAGCCACUCCUCUGCUCCUGGAGGAUAACAAGACAGACCUUCACCCUCUGACUGUGGCUCAACAGGAAAGGAAAAGAGCAAGACUGCGCGAAGAAAGAAGAAAGAUGUGCUGCAGAAAGGAGGAGCUGUCACCCAGGCCGUGGCAGUGCAGAGAGUGCCUCAAGACAUUCUCAACCGAGCGUGGUGCCUGUGACCACUAUGCAGCCUCACAUAAGGGGGAAAACUACGCCUGUGAGUUCUGUGGCGUCUCCUACGUGCGCAAGAGGGACCUCAUCGGACACUACAAUAAGAUGCAUUUGAACAUCAAGCCGUACAAAUGCAAGUUAAGCGACUGUCCCGAAACCUUCAGUUCUCACAGCCAGCUCUACCGCCAUAUGCAGGCCGUACACAGCCGCAAGAAAGGCAGCGUCAAGCACGAGUGUCACAUGUGCGGCGCGUCCUUCUCUGAGCGGCGGUACAGAGAUGCUCACCUCCUGGUCUGCGCCACCAAGGGCAGUGACAGCGUGCCCCACAAGUGCCCAUAUUGCCAUAAAGCUUUUAAACUGGCCAAAUACCUGCAGCUCCAUAUGCGCACCGUGCACUGGAAGGACGAGCAGUUCUUCUGUGAGAUCUGCAGCAAAAUCCUGACUGACAAGAAGAACCUCAUCAUCCACAUGAAGAGCCACAUGGGGCAGACCAAAGCCAAGUGCAAGGUGUGUGGCAAAGAGUUCAACCGCAAGUCCUACCUGUGGACCCACAUGCGGACCCACACCGACCACAGGCCCUACAAGUGCAACUACUGCAACAAAGCCUUCGCCCAGUACAGCACCCGCAAGAACCACGAGAGGACCCACACCGGGGAGAAACCUUACAAGUGCCACAUCUGUAGUGCAAACUUUGCCACCAGCUCCUCACUCUCCAAGCACGUGCAGUACAGCCACCACAACAUCAGGGCCUUUGAGUGCGAGAUAUGCAAGAAGAAAUUCAUCAGUAGAGCUAAAAUAGAGGAGCACAUCAAGGUCCACACUGGUGAGCGGCCCUUCAAGUGCCACGUGUGUUUCCGUGCCUUCAACAAGAAGAACAACCUCAGGACACACAUGUAUGUGCACUCUGCUAACAAGAAGUACAAGUGUGAGCUGUGUGGGGAAGGCUUUAUGCGGAAAUCCACCAUAGAAAACCACAUCCUAGAAAGACAUAAGCUUGAGAUUGCCAUGAGCUCCAGCAGCACCACCAACAAGGACGGAAGUGUGUCGGCCUCCACCGCCCAGUUCAUCACCAUGAAGGGGGCGGACGAUGUGCCCCCCGAGGACAGCUACAUCGUUGUGUACGCCGACGAGGAUGAGGAGCUCAGCGACCCCAAGGAAAUGCAGGUCACAGUGUUGGCAGAGGACGACACAUCUAGUCAGAUUGGAAUCACUGCGACAAGCGUUCCUACGGCAGCAGACUGCAGUGAAGCCUUAACAGCGAUGGCCUCCAGGACAGACGUGUUGUCCGAGGUGAUCCUGGAGGGCUCCUCAGGCCGGGGCUCAGAUGCCCUCACAGCUCUAAUAUCAAACAGCAUUUCUUCUGACAUCACAAUACCAGAGGGCAGCGAUGCAACGGUCAGCCACGUCAUGGAAAUUGAUGGUUUCCUCUAAACUUGCAUCACCCCAACACACCACACUGCUGGGAUGCUUUACAUACACUCAUUGACACAUAUCAUUAUCAUCCAACCCUUUGACUGUGAUUAAUAGACAUUACUUCACAAUAAAAGUGUUAUAUGCA